UUGAAGACUUGUGUUCGCAGAGAGAAAAAAAAGAAGAUGACAGCAAUGGCAGGUGGGAGGGAAGAAGAAUUCAUAGAAGCCGAGAAUGCAGAGGCAAUAAUUACAAGAAUUGAACACAAAUCUCGCAAGAUCGAGAGCUUGCUUAAACAGUUUAAAACUGUCGAAGCUCUCAAAACCGCUCUUGAAGGAUCCCCUCCGAACACCCGUGACGAACGAUGCAAGUCGGCGAAUUGGAUAGCGGUGCAUCGAGCCAUCAUGGCUAUUAAAGAUGUGGAUGGAAUGUUUUCUUCUUUGGAUCCUGAAUACUACGAUAUUCUCAUGAAGUACUUGUAUAGGGGUUUGUCCACCGGCGAUCGGCCAACUUGCGAUCAGUGCCUUCGGAUACACGAAAAGUUGACAGAGAAAGCUGGGCUGGGCUGCAUUUUACGUGCCCUCGCAGACACUGUGAAUACCGUUUGACUUCAUUGCUUCAUGCCAUCCAUAAAAUAUUGCUUGAAAAAGUAUUAUGUACCACUAAUAGGGAGUAUUUGUAGUGUUUGUACUUUAUAGCUUUGCUAAUAUAUGCAACCAAAUUGUGCAAUUUGACUUGCAAGGGAACAACAUAUCAUGAUAUCAUACCUCAUAGUGUCCAAAAGCGACCCACCAGCUAUGGGCCGGGGCCCCACUCGUUGUAAUAUAGGUCUGGUUCUACUCCUAUGGGUAGGAUCUGGAGCUACAGGUCAAUAAAUAUGCAGAGAUAGGAUCCAGUGGCAAAGAUAUGGAUCAUCAUUGAAACCA